CGUCAAACGGGACUGUUUGUUCUAGAUUUGGGGCGAGGAAGGUCUGCGAGCGCUGACAACCGACUGAAGAAGAAAAGAGAGAGCUGUUAAGAACCUUUUUAACAACUUGUAAUGAGGACCUGAAGAAGACCAUUCAGCAGUUAUCAGGGGAAAGAAAUCGCUCACAACAUUAGAAAGGCAAUUGACUGAUUGUUUGACAUUUCUAAAAAGUUCUAGAAAGGAAAGUUACACACUGUGAAAUACUUAAAGGUAGAUUACAUAAGAAUAGGGGCAAAGCAAUGUUGCAGCUAAUUUACGGCGUCUAUACACUUUCAAAAUAUAAUGUAAGGGUCCAUUGUGCUACGGUAUAUUCGUGUGUAGUUAGAUUUUGAUUAGUUGGGAUAGAAAGGGUAUAUAAAUUGGCUUUUAUGUGUAUCACAAACUUCAUGCCACCCCUGCAUUAGAGGGGCCUCAGUUGGGCAGCCCCAUUUUAAAAAAAAAAGAAGUCUGUAUGCGCCCCUAUUUAUCAAGCUAACAUGCUUGCAAGCACGUCAUGUUCCUCUGGCCAGCAGCAGGACUGAGGGUUCUGUUGACGGGACAGAGGGGGCAACAAGAGAAGGACAGGAACUCAGCUUUCAACCAGGUGUGACACUUGGCCUCUAACCUGUGUGUUGUGGUGUCCUUGCACACACACACGUCCCACUGACCGACCUCCGGUGUUACGUCUCGGAAUCGCCACCUCACCGACUGAGAAAUGAUCACCCAAUAGGAAUAGACCACAGCUGUAAAGCAUCAAACAUAGAGUCGACUAAGGAGAGUAAUGGCCUGAGGGGGGCUCCCCCAGUCCCACCUGCCCCUGCCAGGUCCAAUCUGCCCAACCUGUCGGCUCAGCAACUGAAACCCCGCUUUGCUAUGGGAGACGGACUGGAGGCAGGCAGCAGCCAGAACCCUCCCUCUGCCCCACCCCCUCUCUCUUUCAACCCGCCACCCCCCGAAACAUGGAACCCCUCCAGACCCAAACGACAGACCAACCAGCUACAGUUCCUGCUCAAAGAGGUGUUGAAGACAUUAUGGAAACACAACUUUGCAUGGCCCUUCCAGAGUCCUGUAGAUGCCAUCAAACUCGGUUUACCUGACUACUAUAAGAUCAUCAAGAUCCCAAUGGACAUGGGCACGAUAAAAAAACGUCUGGAGAACAACUACUACUGGAACGCCCAGGAGUGUAUCCAAGACUUCAACACAAUGUUCACUAACUGCUACAUCUACAACAAGCCUGGGGACGACAUUGUCCUGAUGGCCAAGACAUUGGAAAAGGUCUUUCUUCAUAAGAUCACAGAGAUGCCGCAGGAGGAGAAGGAGAUCGCUGUGGUCACCAAGGGACGCCGAGGGGGCAGACGGGAGACAUCUCUGAUAUCCAAGUCUGAUUCAGGACAAGACUCAUCCUCCCCCUCCACCACCCCCCACACAAGAGACUUCUCUUCCCCUUCUACGACCCCACAGACCCGCGUCGUGCCCGCUGCCCAAGCCCCUCCCCCCCUGAGCCUGCCUCCAGUCCUGCCCCUGACACAGCCUCUGACACAGCCUCUGAUCCAGCCUCAGCCCCCACGUGUGCCUCCUACACCCGCCGCCCAUGCACCGCAUCUGGGACCCUCUUUUCCCCUCUCAACUCCUGACGUCCUAGCACAGGGAAUAACGUCUGUUCUCCCUUCGGCCUCGAAAAACCAAGGUCUCCAUCAGGCGGCCCCGUUGCUGCAGAGCUCCCCCGCACUCGUUAAGCAGCAAAGGAAGAGCCAGAAGAGGAAAGCUGACACCACCACACCCACAGCCAACGACCAGCUCAGUGAAUCAUCUCCUGUCUCUGCUGAGACUCGGCCACGUCGAGAAAGCAUUCGCCCACCCAAGCAACCCAAGAAAGAAACGUCGCAGCCAGACUCCCAGCACCACCUGGGAGGAGUUUUAGAGACAGGGGGGACUGUGACGCAGAAGCGACAGGACCAGAUACGUUCCUGUGGACGCCUCGUCAAAGAGAUGCUAUCCAAGAAGCACGUAGGAUAUGCCUGGCCCUUUUACAAGCCUGUAGAUGUUAAAGCUUUAGGUCUCCACGACUACCAUGACAUCAUCAAACACCCAAUGGACCUCAGCACCAUCAAGAAAAAGUUGGACAACCGACAGUACAGAGACGCUCAAGAAUUUGCUGCAGAUGUCCGGUUGAUGUUCUCAAACUGUUACAAGUACAAUCCCCCUGACCAUGAUGUGGUCGGCAUGGCACGCAAAUUGCAGGACGUGUUUGAGAUGCGUUUUGCCAAAAUGCCCGAUGAGCCAGAGGAGCUCGUCCCUGUUCCCACCCCGUCAACGGCCCUCCACCCUGCCCCCUCCACUCGACAAGUCCCGCCUCCUUCUGCCGUCUUUGAGGACGAAAGCUCCAGUUCCUCUGAAUCGGAGUCCUCGGGGGGAGACUCGGAGCAUGAAAGGCAACAGCGAUUGGCAGAGUUACAGGAACAGCUUAAAGCCGUUCAUGAGCAGCUGGCAGCACUUUCCCAACCUCCAGUCAGUAAGCCCAAGAAGAAAGAGAGGGAGAAGAAGGAGAAGGAGAAGGAGAAAGAGAAGGAGAAGAAGAAGGAAAAGUACAAGAAGAAGAGUGGACCAGAGGAGCCUGUGGAGAGCCCUCCCCAUGUGACAAUUCAGACUUGUAAGAAAAACAAGAGCAGCAAGGAGCCAAUAGUUGUAAAGAAGGAAAGGAAAAAGCCUGGUAAGAAAGAAGGAGUUAAAAACAGCCGCCCAGCUGUGGCCCUUCCACCCGGGCCGACCCCUCUGGUCCCUUCGGCCGCUCUUGAAGCAGAGGAUGACGUGGAUGUGUUUGGGGCGGGAUCCGCUGAAAGGGGCAAGCCGAUGUCGUAUGAGGAGAAGCGCCAGCUGAGCCUGGAUAUCAACAAGCUGCCCGGUGACAAGCUGGGCCGCGUUGUGCACAUAAUCCAGACACGAGAGCCAUCACUGAAGAACUCCAACCCAGACGAGAUAGAGAUCGACUUUGAGACCCUGAAGCCCUCCACGCUGAGAGAGCUGGAGAAAUACGUCUCCAGCUGCCUCAAGAAGAAGAAGAAGCUGUCAGAGAAGCCUUCGGAAAUGUCAAACAUGACAAAAGUGAAGACUGAGACAUCAUCUUCUGGCAGCAGUGACUCCUCUGAUAGUGAAGACUCUGAGAAUGGGCUGGUUCCCAAGCAGCAGAAGAAGAACUCAAUUAACAGAGAUGCAAAGAGACCGCUACUCCAGGAGCUGAGCAGCGGAGUGGCCCCAGUUGUUCCACAGCCACCCAUUCAGCCUCAGGUUGUCCAGGCCAAACCACGAUUUGUCCCUCCUCCCCCGGUCACCGUCUCUGUCCCGUCUCUGGACUCCCAGCUGCUGGGCUCUGGAUUCGAUCCCCUAGCUCACUUCAUGAAUCCUCACCUGGCGCAGUCCAACUCAGAGCCAAAUCCGAACAUUACUCCUGCCGGUGCCCCAGUCCCAUCCCGCCCCCUCAAUGCAAACACACCCACCGGCCAGACACCCACUGAGACGCACCCUUUCCUCAACCAACACCCCAUCAUACCUUCACCAGCGAUCCACAAUGCUCUUCCCCCACAACCCUCAAGACCUAGCCACCGAGCAGCCCCACUCCCUCCUAAAACCCCCCAGCCUGCCCCAUCAUCGCUCCCCUCCCUGCCUCCAUCGUCCUCACCUCAGCUUCAGCCCUCGCUUCCACUUCCCCUCCCCCAGCCCGUUCCCCGACCCCGCGUCCCUUCACCCCCAUCCCACGGCAUCUUGGGCACCCUCUCGGCACAACCGCCCCAAGCCCUGCUGGAGGAUGACGAUGAGCCGACGCCCCCCAGCUCUGAAAUCACGCCCCUCAGUCAGGUUCACACCUUCCUGCAGUCGCUCCAGGCUCGACCUCCUGCGCAGACGCUACACACGCUCACUCAUUCGCCCGUGCAGGGCGCCUCUCAGCUCAUGCAGUCAAUAAACGCACAGUCUGUGACCACAUCGAACCCCACCCUGACACAAAGACACAGCUCGAGCCACGCACAUAUGCGACAGCCCUUCCCACAUAUGAACACGUCAACGCCACAGCAGCAGAAGGGGGUCGCCCUGCAGCAGAAGGUGCAUCAGAUGCAGCAAAUUCAACAACAUCUUUCGCCACGCAGCAAAGCGGAGCCUUUUGUAGCCGGUUGCCUGCGUGAAAGCCCUUCUCCCCUGAUGAUGCAUUCUCCACAGAUGCCUCAGUUCCACACAAUGGGACAGCAGUCACCCUCACAAACAAAGAAACAUGAGCAGAGGUCCAACCUUGUCGGGGUCAAAGAAGAGAAACCUUCCCAUUCGCCUGUUCUACCCCCCUCGCCCUUCAGCCCUGUCAUGCGUCAAGACACACACAAACCUGACCACAAACACAGAUUAGACUCAAAGUCGUUGGAUAAUUCUCGAGCUGGUUCCCGCCUCACAGACUCCCCAGUAACGCCUUGCCCUCAGCAAGACAUCAAAAUCAAACAAGAGCCCAAAACUCCUGUUGCUGCCAAGAAGACACAGGAUGUGAAGUUAAAGAACAUCGGCUCCUGGGCGAGCCUGGCUCAGAAGCCUCAGUCCACGCCAGCCUCCUCUGUGCGCUCCUCCAGUGACAGUUUUGAACAGUUCAGACGAGCCGCCAAGGAGAAGGAGGAGAGAGAGAGACAGCUGAAAGCACAGGCUGAGCAGGCCAGGAGAGAGCAAGGGAAGCUACGCCGUGACGAUGAUGACACCAUGGAGCAGGCUCGUCGGGUGCAAGAAGAUACCCGCCGUCGCCAGGAGCAGCAGUCACCACUGGCUCCCACACCUCCAGCUUCUACCCCACCUACUCACUCUCCACAGGCUCCGCCCCCUCCGCAACAAGCUCCGACUCCACCCUCCUCAGCCGACCAGAGGGAGAUGGCACGUCGUCGCGAGCAGGAGAGGCGCAGGAGAGAGGCGAUGGACACCAUUGAUAUAAACUUUCAGAGUGACCUGAUGGCCAUCUUUGAAGAAAACCUGUUCUGAUCAGGGAAAUGCAGACGGUGGGAGUGAGAGAAGGAUCUUUGGACACACAUUUACAAACAUGCAUAUAAAACCACAAAGCUCUGAAACACAGUCACUGCUCUCAUACACACACACACACACACGCACACACACACACACACGUAAACACACACACACACACACGUAAACACACACACACACACACACACACGUAAACACAGACUUGGUAGUAGCUGUCCCUUUCUCUCAGUAGUUGAAACAGCUGGCUUGUGUCAUGUGAAUGAGAGGUGGGGGAAGUGACAUUGAAAUAAGCAACCCUCUUUCUCCAAUGUCGGAUACGUUUUGGUGUCUGGCUUGGUGUUCAUGGUUGUUGGACAGUGAAAUCAUCAGAUAGUCAGCUCCCUCAAGGAAACAUACAAGAAAAGCCGAAUAAAACAGAGGGGACAGAACUUUUACAUAGAAAAUUAAUUGUUUAAUUUAAGGAAAUCUAUGAAACCUUGUUCUUUAAAUUUGUGAGUGGAGAGAAGGAGGUGGAGAAAGGAACAGGCGAACAAAUUUACAAACAGACAUCACUGUUUUACUCUUUUCUCCUAAUCUCUUUUUAUUUUUGGAUUUUAACCGAUGCUGGUGGGCUCUAGUCUGUCGGGCACCUGAGAGUGGGUUGUUUUUCUCUCAGGACUCAGUGGGAACGCAACACACACGGCCACAUACGUUUUCUGAUCCACCCUUCCUCCCUUCACUUCUCCUCUCUCUCUCUCUUCAGUCAAUAACUGGAGGGAUGGAGGCGUCACUGAUACUCAAAUAUUCGAUGGAGAUUAGGAAGGGGAGCGGUCAUUUAGAACGUCUCAGAGUUCGUCCUUUGCCUUAGCGCUCUGGCCUGUAAACUAACAAUCGUACCCAACAAAUUAUACAUAUUAUAUAUAUGAAUAGAUACAUGAAUAUAUAUUAUAUACGACUUAACGUCAACGCGAAAGAGCAUGAGAGAAAUUAGGAUUUCGGGGGGGAGCAAAGCUCGCCUCUUUGUUCAUCUCGGAGCUCUGGUUUUGAUUUUGUAGAAUUUACUGUAAAGAAGAAGAAAGAACUUUUUUUAUAAUUCUAUCAAGAGGAUUGUUUCAUCUGUUUUAUUCUCUCUCAUACCUUUUUUGUUUCUGUUUAUUUCUUCUCGACUCUAUGCCAAAACCAAUCUAUUGAGUGCUGAAAGUUCAUUCACAUUUUUUACGUUUUAAGAUGCAUCUUCUUUUCACUUUAUAUUAAAGGCUACGUUUUUAUCGCUA